AUGGCCGCUCCCACGCCCUCGCCCUCGCCUGCCAUCGACCUCUUCCGCGGCUGGCCCAACCCCUCGCUGCACCCCACCGCCGCCCUCGAAGCCGCCGCCGCCGCCGUGCUGCGCGACCCCGCCCGCUCCGCGCCCGCCUUUGGCUACGGGCCCGACGAGGGGGAUCCCGACCUGCGCGCCGCCGUCGCCCGCUGGCUGUCCGGCUUCUAUGCCAGCGCCGCCGCGCCCGCCGUCACGCCCGACCGCCUCUGCAUCACCGGUGGCGCCAGCCAGGCCCUGGCCUGCCUGCUGCAGGUCUUCGCCGACCCCGCCCGCACCCGCGCCGUGUGGAUGGUCGAGCCCACGUACUACCUGGCCUGCCGCAUUUUCGACGAUGCCGGCUUCGCGGGCCGCAUGCGCGCCGUGCCUGAGGAUGCGGAGGGCAUUGACGUCGAGUUUCUCGAGGCCGAAUUAAAAAAAUGUGACGCUGCGGCGGUGGAGAGUGCAAGUGGUACCGUUGAAUCGCAAGCGAAGUCGCCGUUCCCGUGGAGGAAGAUCUACAAGCACAUCAUCUACGCCGUGCCGACCUUCUCCAAUCCGUCCGGCGGCAUCAUGACCACGCGCCGCCGCGAGCAGCUGGUGCGGCUGGCGCGAGCGCACGACGCCCUCCUCGUCGCCGACGACGUGUACGACUUUCUCCAGUGGCCAGGCGGCCAUGACGACGACCCGGCCACGCAGAACCCCGACCGCGCCGUGGCCCCGCGCCUGGUGGACAUCGACCGCGUGCUGGACGGCGGGCCCCGGGACGACUUCGGCAACGCCAUCAGCAACGGCAGCUUCAGCAAGCUGAUCGGGCCCGGCUUCCGCGUGGGCUGGGUCGAGGCCGCGCCGCGGCUGGCGUACGGGCUCUCGCAGACCGGCUCGACCAUCUCCGGCGGCGCUCCGUCGCAGCUCACCUCGACCUUUGUGCGCGAGCUCCUGACGUCCCACUUCGUGCCCGACUUCGUGCACCACACCCUGCGCCCCGUCUACCGCCGCCGCUACCACCUGCUCGCGUCCGCCAUCGCGACACACCUCGCACCGCUCGGCGUGCACCACGUCGGCGCCCCCGACGACAACAACAACGACAACGACGAGGCCGCCGUCCGCGGCGGCUACUUCAUCUGGAUCCAACUCCCCGCGACGGUCAGCGUGACGGCGCUGGCGGCGCGCGCGCGCCGCGAGGAGGCGCUCGAGGUCGGCGAGGGCCGGCUGUUCCGCGUCGCGGGCGACCGCAGCAACCGCGAGCGCCGCCACGACGUCGACCGCUACGUGCGCCUGUGCUUCGCGUACGAGGAGGAGCCGCAUCUGAGCGCGGGCGUGCAGCGGCUGGCGCGUGCGCUGCGGCGGGAAUUGCGCGUGGAGUGA